AUGAGUCAGCCUCUUAAAACGGAAUUAAAAAAAACAGAUGCAACAUUGGAUACUAAUUUUAUAGCAGAUCUUGUUAAAACUCUUUUAAGAUUAACGCCUGUCGAAGUUCAAACAGAAAAGGUUGAAUCUGAUACUGAGCAGAUCAAUAUUAGGAAACAUGAUAGAUGUAAAAUAAAAUAUCAUUAUGUAUUACCAUUACAUGACGAUGACACACCACAACAAGGCAAAUUUCUUAAAUAUUAUAAACCACUUGUUGUUCGCAAUCAGUUAUCAUUCACUGACGCCCAGUGUAACGAGGAAAGUUUAGCUGGUGGCAAGGAAGAUAACGGCCAUGAUAGAGAUGCAGAUGAUAGUGAAGACCCAGAUCAUGACGGAGAUUCAGAACUUGAAGAAGAGAAACCGAUAUCCGCAUUCAACGAAGAAAUAUUGUUAUUUCCUCUUCCUAUAGACAAAAAGUAUCUACAGCAUUUAGUAAGGUUUUAG